CGCAAGAACAUUUCCACCAUCUAUGGCAGCCAUCAGUAUCAAAAAGUGAGCUACAGGGAAAAAAAAACAAUGGGAGUACCAGCGGAACAUUGCAUUCUUGCGCUUCUUUUUUGCACUUCUUUAUUGCUUAUUGUAGAAACAGUAACUGCUAUUGACACCAUAAACACAACUCACUCCAUUAGAGAUGGUGAUACCAUAGUUUCAGCUGAAGGAACCUUUGUGUUGGGGUUUUUCAGCCCUGGAAAAUCCAGAAACCGAUUCGUAGGAAUAUGGUAUGGCAAGAUACCUGUCAAGACUAUAGUUUGGGUUGCCAAUAGAGAGACCCCCCUUAAUGAUUCAUCAGGUGUUUUAAGGCUAACUGACUUGGGAAUUCUUGUCAUUCUUAAUCAGAAUGGGACCAUAAUUUGGUCUUCCAACUCAUCGAGAUCUGCUUCUAAUCCAGCUGCUCAACUUCUGGAUUCAGGAAACCUUGUUGUGAAAGAGGAGGGUGAUACCCUGGAAAAUUCCUUGUGGCAGAGUUUUGAACAUCCAACUGAUACAAUAUUGCCAGGCAUGAAGCUAGGAAGGAAUAGAAUAACUGGCAUGGAGUGGUACAUGACAUCGUGGAAGUCACCAGAUGAUCCUUCCAGAGGUAACUUUACUUGUAUGCUUAUUCCUUACGGAUAUCCUGAGUUGGUUGUGAUGCAAGGUUCAAAAAUGAAGUACAGAUCAGGGCCAUGGGAUGGCCUGCGGUUCAGUGGGAUACCUAACUUGAAACCAAAUCCCGUAUACAAAUUUGAGUUUGUUAUUAGUGAGGAGGAGAUAUUCUACAGAGAAAGUCUUGUUGACAAGUCAAUGCUUUGGAGGUUCAUGACAGAUCAGAAUGGCGAUAUCCCGAGCCUCGCUUGGAUUGAGCAAACGCAAAGUUGGUUGCUUUAUGAAACAGCAAACUCAGAUAAUUGUGAUCGCUAUGCACUCUGUGGUGCAAACGGUUUAUGCAAUAUUCAAAGCUCUCCAGUGUGUGAAUGCUUGGAUGGGUUCGUACCAAAAAUUCCAACAGACUGGGCGGUGACAGUAUGGUCAAGUGGCUGUGUUAGAAGGACUCCACUUAAUUGUUCUGGAGAUGGGUUUCGAAAGCUCUCUGGAGUGAAGAUGCCUGAGACAAAAGCGUCAUGGUUUGACAAGAGUUUGGAUCUUGAGGAAUGCAAGAGCAUGUGCUUGAAGAACUGCAGCUGUACAGCAUAUUCAAAUAUGGACAUCAGGGGUGGAGGAAGUGGAUGCUUGCUCUGGUUUGGUGACCUCAUUGAUAAUAGAAGGUUUUCUGAAAACGAGCAAAAUAUUUAUAUAAGGAUGGCUGCAUCAGAACUAGAUAAUGGUAACGUUGCAGAGAUCAAUACUAACUCCAAUGUGAAGAAAAAAAUCAUAGUAAGCACUUUGUCUAUAGGAAUUUUUCUCCUUGGACUGGUUUUGGUCUUGUAUGUUUGGAGAAGGAAGCAUCAGAAAAAAGGAAAAAGUACUGGUGCUUUUAAAAGAAGGUCAGACAACAUGCACAAAAAGGAAGAUCUAAAACUACCAUUGUUUGAUUUGGAUACUUUAGUUUGUGCAACAGAUAAUUUUUCUGUUGACAAUAAACUCGGAGAAGGGGGUUUUGGGUCUGUUUACAAGGGAACAUUAGCAGAUGGGCGAGAAAUUGCUGUGAAGAGGCUCUCUCAGAAUUCGAGACAAGGAGUUGGCGAGUUCAAGACUGAGGUCGAGUAUAUUGUGAAAUUUCAGCACCGGAAUCUAGUGCAGCUUCUAGGAUGCUGCUUUGAGGGGGAUGAAAAGAUGUUAAUCUAUGAGUUCCUGCCAAACAAAAGUUUGGACUUCUAUAUUUUCAAGGACACGCUACUAGAUUGGCCAACACGCUACAACAUCAUCAAUGGAAUAGCUCGUGGACUUCUUUAUCUUCAUCAAGAUUCACGACUAAGAGUAAUUCAUAGGGACCUGAAAGCCAGCAAUAUUCUACUGGAUUAUGAAUUGAACCCAAAGAUUUCAGACUUUGGCCUGGCUAGAAGUUUUGGAGGAAAUGAAAUUGAAGCCAAUACCAUUAAAGUGGCUGGGACAUAUGGCUACAUUUCCCCAGAGUAUGCAAUUGAAGGGCUCUACUCGGUAAAAUCGGAUGUCUUCAGCUUUGGUGUAUUGGUGCUAGAGAUAGUGAGUGGAUAUAAGAACAGGGGGUUCCGUCAUCCAGAACACAAUCUCAACCUGCUAGGGCACGCUUGGAGACUAUUCCGAGAUGGGAGGCCUAUGGAACUGGUUAGGCAAUCAAUAGUUGAAGCAAGCAAUCUAUCUCAAGUGCUACGUUCAAUUCACGUGGCUCUACUCUGUGUUCAGGAUAAUCGAGAAGAUAGGCCAGACAUGUCAUAUGUGGUUUUGAUGUUAAGUAAUGACAAUACAUUACCUCAGCCUAAACAUCCAGGUUUUUUUAUUGAAAGGGAUCCAGCUGAAGCAAGUUCAACAAGCGAGGGCACAGCAAAUUCAGCUAACAAAUGCUCGAUUACAUUAUUACAGGCAAGGUAGAUCCCAUUUUGCGUUGAUAUCUUUUGUUUCGUGUUGAUGGGUUUGAUUUUGCAUCUUGGAAGCUGUAGUUCCAAUGUUGUGUGGUGAAGGCACAUUUCUCAGCCAACGCAACCAGAAUCUUUUUUUCCCUGAACGGGAAUUUAUUUUUGCACUACUAUUAUUUGUUUCAGCCUUGUGUUAAAAGAAGUCAUGGUUUUUCUGUCGGUGU